GGGGCGAGAUGGGGGAGGAGGAGGCCGCGCUGGCCUCCCAAUACCAAGAAUUGGAAUCAGUCGAGAUUGUGGCGCGGCGAUGGUGAGUCUUCGUCCAUGGCUGCACGGGACCAGUACCACCUCGACACUUGUGGUGCGCUCACCAGCCGCUCCGCUUCAAACUCGUCCUGCCCUUGUUCUUCGCUCGUGGCACUUCAAAAGACGCCACCAGCGUUGUCCAAGUGUGGUUCAUUCACGGCAACCUUACGGAAAGGAUACCAUGCUCGCACCGACUCCUUAGUGAGAGUCGAGAGAAAGGACUUGUACGCCAAAAGGAAUGGAUUCUACCUCCGUCGCUUUGUGUUCCGCAGACGAACGCCAAUUUCCAAGAAGUUGUUCUGGUGCGGCGGUGUGUGUCGAGUGGAAAGACAAGUGAAGAAGAAAAAACUUAGUUCUAAGAGAGAGAAUAGAAAGCUCUUCGUUGUAGUCAAGUUUUAUAUCUAGAUAUUUAUAUCGUUUGACGAUUUUUGUUUCUUAAUUUUAAAAAAAGGUGCUUCCAUCGGCUGUAUUUUCAAUGUGAAAUGUUUGAUGCUUAAAAUCAAAAUCUGCUUCAAAUUUCUUCAGUUAUAUCAUUAACACUUCUACUGUGGCAGUAUACCUGGAAUUUGCAAGACAUUCGCCCAUUUGAUUCUUAAACCUGGAAUUCUAAUACUUAGCCGAAAGGUAUUGGCAUCGAGCGACGGCCUCCUCAUAUCUCCUCACCAUGCAAGUGUGUCCAGGCUGCCAUACCAGUCUCCCAAGUGCGCAGGCGCCCUGCGCCCUCUCCCCUGCAGCGCCUCCCACGUCUCAUUGGCAUCCCACAACUACUUUUACGCCAGGGGUGGUCCAGCCCCCCUACGUGUGCGGAAGGAUGUUCCAGAUGUCGACCGCAUUCCCCGUAGUUCCUUCGACGGGGACAUGCCAAGUGACCUCCCCAGUUGACAGAUGCAUCGUCGUCCCCAACGAGUCCUGCCACCUCUUAUGCUACCUCACCUGUCCACACAAUUGCUCUGCCUUCCGUAGCACCUGCCCGACCGCCAUCAGCAAGCUGCCUUGUGCCGUUCCCGAAGCCAGGAACUUGCAUACCUCUGGCGGAGGACUCGUCGAAGGUGAGAAGGACACCAGUCGAAGUAUAUCCCCCGAAGCCAAGGUCAACUACCCCGUCAGUCUCAACCCUUUCUUGAAUACUUCCUCUCCCUUGACGGCAUCGGUUAACAAAGUUUUAAGUGACCCCUCUUCCUCCUCCCCGCACAGAAGCCCUUCUCCCGACAAGGUUGAGUCUGUGUGGACGGCAGCCUUAGACAACAAAGUGUUGACGACGACCAGGAUGGCCUUAGAAGAGAGUGGAUGGUACUACGGCCCAUUAUCGUGGCAGCAGGCAGCGUCCAUGUUGCAGUCGACGGAAGUGGGAACUUUCUUAAUCAGAGACUCUGCAAGCCCCAUGUGUCUUUAUUCCCUAAGUGUGCAAACUGUCAGUGGGCCAACCAGCGUUCGAAUCCAUUACUCUUACGGGAAGUUUCGUUUGGAUUGCACGGGUCACAGCCAAAAACUCAUGCCAGAAUUCGGAGGUCUAGUCGAACUUGUGGAGCAUUACAUCCACUCGAACUCGUCCCAGGUUUGGGUGGACCAUGAGGGCAAGACCUUCAGUCCCAUCAACAUCAGGAAACCCCUACGGAGGUCUGCUCCUUCUUUGCAACAUUUGUGUCGCCUGGCCAUCAACUGCACUUUUCCAAAGACGAGCACCAGAGGAUUACCUGUUGCUCUGAAGAGCUUCCUUGAAAGUUACCCCCACACCUGCUGACCUCAUCUCUCCUAAGUUGUGGGAUGACCUUAGGUCAUGCCACUGAUCGGACUCGUUCAUUUGUUCCUUUACAAACGUGGGUUGACCCCAUGAGUGUUCUUAAAGAGGGUGCUAAAAGGCUCCACGCCAACUACAUUUAGGUAGAAAAACAAAAGACGUCUGGCGCCGAAAGGGUCCACAUGAAAGGUGUCAAUGCCAGCGAUGUUGAACAGACAUUGCUUUGCCGGUGACCAAGGAAUGCGCACUUGAGUGCCAAGUGGAUAUUUAUAAUGCAACUCCUUUUAAGGGUGCCAAAACAAACAAAAAAGUGAGAGACAGACUCAAAUUAAACUGACUUCUGUGCCUCUGUGAUCCUACUGACAUUUUGGUAGCUAUUUUAAUGGACCAACAAAAGAAAAAAACUUUUUUUUUUUUAACCCCUCCCCCUUUUUUUCAUCAGUAGCUUUGCGUUAUAUUGGGCUGCGGAUGUCUCACACAUGCCAAGGGAUUCUCAUCGCCCUGUUCAAACUUUUCUUGUAACGAUUAUUUUAAUAUUAAGGUGUCUCAUAAAGGAACGGAAAUUAUACUUCCAUGAUCUCAAUGAAGCCAAACCCCCGCCUUCCCCGUCGCCCCCCGCCCAUCCUCUACAAUGACGCCCACAAGGUCCUCCUGUGGUCAUGUCAGUUAGAAGAGAAAUGCAAUGCUGGUUAAGAAAGAAAUGAAUGGUUUACAUGAAGCUCUGUGUAUAAGUAUUAGGUACACGUACCAUUUCUGUACAUAAUUUCAUAAUCGCCCAUACAUAUCCAUAUUAUGGAAUGUAGGAGAGAAGACACCCCAACUUGUGCCUCGGUUAGGCACUGACGAAUGUUAAGUGCCAGUCGGUGAGAGAUUUUUACAAAGAAGUAUUUGCUAAUGAACUUUAUUUUUAUUUAAAUUGAUUCUGACUAUAAUAAUAGAAAUUAAGUGGCCUUUGUCACUUUUGUUUUAAUAAUUCCAGUUCCGCCAUUUCCGUGUUUUUGUAAUAAGAUUUAACAACUGGGCAAAACUUGCUGAUAGGGAAAAGGUGAUAUUUCAUUUUUGAAAUUUUGUCGAAAAUGGAACCAGCACCUUGUCACCAGGUGGAAAAUACAAACGUUGUUAUGUCAAUAAGAGAACGGGAAUGUCCGUUUCUAGGACGGAAUGCUGUCGAAGGACAAUAAAUCUGUCUUACGCACAAAGCAGCUCCAUCUUUUUCAGAUUUUUUCUGUUUUUUUUUCGUGAAUGUCACAAUAAUACAUCCUAGUGAGAAAGAAUUGAUUAUUUCAAAGAACUAUUACACAAAUCAAAAUAUCUUCCAUCCACUUCCUAACCAGUUGCAUGUAUAGUGUGAUUGCUUCUGGUAGGAAUGCGUGAAUUGCAAAGGAAGCCUUGAUCUAAUACUAGCAUAUAUACUUAAGUUGUAAAAUAUCUACACCUUACUAAUAGGUUGAGGUUCCUUAAUAAAAGUACACGAAAAACGUAAUGAGAGUAGAGAACGAUGAUGUCUCAUCAAAUUGAGGUAUAGCCGUUUCCAUGUGCCCUUCUCGCUGUCCUUUUGCCGUUUCCAGCGGAAGGAAUGAGCGGGACUCUGCCAGAGCGUCUGGAAACCCCCCAAGACCCUUUGACUUCUCUGUCUUAUCGAGGGGAACUGAUCCCUGAGCGAAGAUGUCUGAUGAUGAGCUGUGAUUUUUCAUAAAAACGGGUCUUGCGGCGACACACAUUUGAGUUUUUCUUUCACGAGCAGGAAACUAUUUUGGAUAACCAAGAUGUUCAUGUAUGAUAUAUUUAUUUAGACGUCGAAUGCAUUGCCCUCACUGUAUGCUUCAGAGGGUCAAAAUGAAAGACUUCUCAAGUGUUGUACCUCAAGAAUACCUGUCUUUAAGUUUAUAUAAAAAAACAAACAUUGGUUUAUUGACUAGUCUUGUGACUGAGGAACUGUCAGGGUAUUAUCCAUUGCCUGCCCUUAGCGAUCAUUGACAUCUGUGGUAUCGCUUUUGGUAACAUUUUUAGCUUUUAUAUAUAUAUAUAUAUAUACCUUUGGAAAUGUAUUACCUGUCAUGACUUUUUUUUUUUUCAAGAAAUGCAAAUUGCAAGGAAAAUCGAAGCAUUUUAGCGUGUAAUGUGAGCGCUCUUUUGUAUAUUUUCGAAAAGUAAACAUAAAUUUGUAUGAUUUUCAAAAGAUUGCUAAGGGUUUGGCAAACCAGCUUGCUUGUGUAACGCAAUGAAAAGUAUUUUGUACUUCUGCUAUUUAUAUACAAAGUAUAUUAAAGGUUUUGAAAAACUAUUGCGGCCCAGUGAUAGAAAUGAAAUUACAGGACAGUGGGUUUGUAAUGUAUGAAGGUGACGAUUUUUUUUCCCGUAAAUUCCUGGCUUCUGUUGGUUAAUGAACAAUCUUUUUAAGCUCAUAAGUUUUUAUGUUAAUUUUGUUCUUUUGUAAUCUAUAUGUGAUUCAAUUUUUAUACUGUUAAUGUGUUUGUCAUUUUCUCUGUAUUUAUUUCUAACGACAGCAAGUCGUUUUACCUCAUUCAACAUUAUUAUUAUUAUUAUUAAUUAUUAUUAUUAUUAUUAUCAUUAUGUAUUCUUGGCACCUACGGUCUCUUUUCUGGUGUACUGAUCACGUGCAAGCAAGCAAGCAAGCGAGUCAUCUCAGCCAACAUGGAUGAAAAUAGCUGAGAGAUGAAGAGAGCGAGAAUAUCCGUAUGAUUGUACUAGUUGCAGCCCGGCCCUUCCGAUUUCUUUCUUCUUAGUUCUUCGAAUAUUCUUCUGUAAAUAACACCACCACUGAGAAUCUUUAUACACUCACCCUGACCAGUAUUAUAAGACUUAUUAUGGUUCUAUUUUAAACAGUCACUUUUUUCCCCAGACUAGUCGUCUCUUAAUAUAACUCAGGUGGAUUUUGUUUAUUAAGGGUUGUCAAUGUCGUAUAGUGAUGUUCUUCUUGUCUUCGCGAAGACUAAAUAGAUGAACAAAAUUAGAAGGAAUAUAAUGCCUGACUUCGUGUCUUAGACCAGAAAAGAACUCUGCUGGAGAGUAAGAGAGAGAGAGAGAGUGAAAGAGGGUGUGUAUUUGUAAUGGUAUUUAUGUACGUUGAAAUGUCCAAUGUGAAUCAAUAUAUUUUGACAUAUAGAAA